ACCACUGCUUACAAUUUCAAAUUCAAUUCCUUUGGUGGUAAUGGCACCGGUCUAAUAUCGUUCCAUGGAGACGCUGAGUAUGGUGGUCCGAACAGCUCCGGAGCCAUCGCAUUGACACGAGACAACAUCCCUUUCUCACACGGCCGAGCUAUUCACAUCAGUCCAGUCACUUUCAAGUCUAACGCUACGUCUCUUUACCCUUUCAAAACCUCUUUCACUUUCUCCAUUACUCCUAAAACAAACCCUGGUCCAGGUCACGGCCUUGCCUUCAUCGUCGUACCCGCUAAUCAACACGACGGUUCCGGUUUAGGUUAUCUCAGUCUUGUGAACCGAACCAGCAACGGUAAUCCCAAUAACCAUCUCUUUGCUGUCGAGUUUGAUGUCUUUCAGGACAAGAACCUCCGUGAUAUGAACGAUAACCAUGUCGGAGUCGACAUUAACUCGGUUGAUUCGGUGGUUUCGGUCAAAUCCGGUUAUUGGGUUAUGACAAGAAACGGUUGGUUGUUUAAGGAUUUGAAGCUGAGUAGUGGAGACAGAUACAGGGCUUGGAUCGAGUACAACAACAAUCACAAAGUCAUCUCGGUUACCAUUGGUUUGGCACAUUUGAAGAAACCGAACCGGCCUUUGAUCGAAGCAAAAUUCGACCUUUCCAAUGUGGUUCACGAGGUAAUGUAUAUCGGUUUCGCCGGUUCGAUGGGACAUGGUGUCCAGCGUCACGAGAUUUGGGACUGGGCUUUCCAGAACUGAAGAAAAAAACCGGUUCGAUUUGGUUCGAGAUCAUCGGUUUUCUUUUGGUUUAUUUCUGGUUUACUAUCUGUCGCGAUAUUUGAAGUUAAAUAAAUGCUCAAUUUUAUGGCUUUACCGACAUUGUGAUGAAUCAUCGUUGUCAGAUUACUAAAAAAUAUCAACGACAUUUUUAAUUUUUUUUUGGACCAUAAAUAGAAGAGUAACGCAUAUACCUUUGGUGGUAAAGCCAAUACAGUUUUGUUAUGACACAUAUACGCAUAAUAUAGCCCAAUACAGUCGGUAAGAGAGUAACGCAUAUACGCAUAAUAUAUUGGCUUUACCGACUGUAUGCGUUGCUUUUGUUUAUUUUGUGACAUCCCUUUUUCCCAAUUUCGAAUUGAAUCCUUAAUCUAGUCGCUGCUGGCAUUAGAAUGUAAAUUCCAGUUUUGUCUCAAUUCUCUGCGAGUUUCUGAAUGGGUUGUUUGAAUUGUAUGCUUUAUAUGCGUUCAAGUUAUAUAGUUCUGUGUUGAUUGAUUCAAAUUUUUUCCCGUUCAAGUUAUAUAGUUCUGAGUUUCUAACUUGUCCUUUAGCUGUUUAAUGCAUAAUUUGGUGCCUAUAUGAAUCAUAAGUUGCAGGUAAUGACAUAAGACAGCCAGCUUCAACAAUCUCAAGUUGAACACCAGCUCAUAAGAGAGGUCGAGAUUCCGUCUCAUCUUCGCCACCCCAAUAUACUCAUGCUCUACGGUUACUUCUAUAAAAACGGGUUUAAUUGAUACUUGAAUAUGCUGUUAGAGGAGAAGUUUACAAAGAAUUAGAGACUUCAAAACUCUAUCCAGGUGGCUACCAUUGCAUUCUCGUUGCCACUGUUAAAAAGUUUUGAUCGGAAACUCUUCUUUACUCUUUUGGUGAGAAGCAGCACAAGCACUUUGGGUGAGAAGCAGAAGAAAGAGUUGAUCUCUAGAGCUAUACGGUCACUGUAAACAAUGCAACCCAUGUACAUUAGCUACCAUGAGAAAUUUUGUUGAAAGAAUCAGAAUAAACUUGGUGGAUGUAUAUACAUUUGACUUUUGAAUAUAUCUUAUAGAAAAAGUAUGAUUUUUUUGUGUUA